AAAUUAGUCACUGCAAUGGCGGAGGAGACUAGAUGUUUGAGUAUUUGGAUGGAAGUUGCACCUGCCCUUCUCAUUUCCCCGGCUAGAAUUUGCGCUUCUCCGAGCCUGGAGACGAUUGAAGAAGAGGAAUCUGAGGAAUAUGAUGAUUAAUGAAGACUUGUAAAGUGGGAACUUUAGAUCUCUAAGUGUGUUCUGUCUGUUUUUUUUUACGAUGGUUCACGAGGUUCU